CAGAAGAGGAGGGAAGAAAAGAGAGGGAGAGGAGAAAAAGGGUAUUUAUGCUGAUGCAGAUCUGAUGAUCUGUACUUACAGUUAUGGCUUUCUACAAAGUGAUCUGUGCUGCGAUGCUGCUGACUCUCCUGACACAAGAGUGUCACUCACAACUAGAUGUGUGCGGUCAGCCUACGCUCAACACCAGGAUUGUUGGAGGACAGGUGGCCUCUGAAGGCAGCUGGCCCUGGCAGGCCAGUCUGCAAACCUCUACAGGGUUCCACUUCUGUGGAGGAUCACUCAUUAACAAUGAAUGGGUGAUGACUGCUGCUCACUGCUGUGCAAUCACAGGCAUAACCACGAGCACUCUGACUCUUGUUCUGGGUCUCCAGAGUCUACAGGGAUCAAACCCCAAUAAUGUGUCUCAGUCAGUAUCACAGAUCAUCAUUCAUCCCAACUAUAAUGCCAGAAUUCUGGAAAACGACAUCUGCCUCCUGAAGCUCUCCUCACCAGUGACUUUCACCACCUACAUCCAGCCCAUCUGCCUGGCAGCCCAAGGCAGCACCUUCUACAGCGGCACUGAAGCCUGGGUCACUGGCUGGGGCACCAUUGCAACUGGAGUGUCCCUUCCUUACCCAGGAAACCUAAUGGAGGUGGAAGUACCGAUUGUGGGGAACAGACAGUGUAACUGUAACUACGGAGUGGGCUUGAUCACAAACAACAUGAUCUGCGCCGGGUUAAGUGCUGGAGGGAAGGACUCCUGUCAGGGGGAUUCAGGAGGUCCGCUGCUGAGCAAGCAGGGUGGUCGCUGGAUCCAGGAGGGAAUCGUGAGUUUUGGAAGAGGCUGUGCACUGCCUAAUUUUCCAGGAGUCUACACAAGAGUGUCCCAGUAUCAGUCCUGGAUCAACAGCCAGAUCACCAGCAACCAGCCAGGCUUCAUCACCUUCACGUCCACUGGGACUGACGGUGACCUCAGUGUCACCUGUUCUGGCCUGCCACUAACUACAACUACCAUCACUCCAACAACCCUUACUUCAACCACCAUCACUCCAACCACCAUCACUCCAACCACCACCACUCCAACCACCCUCUCUCCAACCACCACUACUACAACCACCCUCACUCCAACAACACUUACUUCAACCACCCUCUCUCCAACCACCACUACUACAACCACCCUCAAUCCAACAACCCUUACUUCAACCAUCACCGCCACAACCACCCUCAAUCCAACCGCCACUACUACAAACACCCUCAAUCCAACAACCCUUACUUCAACCACCAGCACAACUACCUUUACUCCAACCACUUUCACUCUAACAUCCCGCACUCUGACCACCCGCACUUCAACUACCCGCACUCCAACCACCCGCACUUCAACCGCCCGCACUCCAACCAACCGCACUCCAACCAACCGCACUCCAACCACCCGCACUCCAACCACCCGCACUCCAACCAUCCGCACUUCAACCACCCGCACUCUGAACAAACGCAUUCCAACCACCCGCACUCCAACCGCUGGCACUUCAACCACCCGCACUCCAACCGCUGGCACUUCAACCACCCGCACUCCAACCGCUGGCACUUCAACCAUCCGCACUUCAACCACCCGCACUUCAACCACCCGCACUCCAACCACCCGCACUUCAACCAUCCGCACUUCAACCACCCGCACUCCAACCACCCGCACUUCAACCAUCCGCACUUCAACCACCCGCACUUCAACCACCCGCACUCUGAACAAACGCAUUCCAACCACCCGCACUCCAACCGCUGGCACUUCAACCACCCGCACUCCAACCGCUGGCACUUCAACCAUCCGCACUUCAACCACCCGCACUUCAACCACCCGCACUCUGAACAAACGCAUUCCAACCACCCGCACUCCAACUGCUGGCACUUCAACCACCCGCACUCCAACCACCCGCACUCUGAACAAACGCAUUCCAACCACCCGCACUCCAACCGCUGGCACUUCAACCACCCGGACUCCAACCGCUGGCACUUCAACCACCCGCACUCCAACCACCCACACUUCAACCACCCGCACUCCAACCACCCGCACUUCAACCAUCCGCACUUCAACCACCCGCACUCUGAACAAACGCAUUCCUACCACCCGCACUCUGAACAAAAGCACUUCAACCACCCGCACUCUGAACAAACGCACUUCAACCACCCGCACUCCAACCACCAGCACUCUGACCACCCGCACUUCAACCACCCACACUCCCAAUAAACGCAUUCCAGCCACCCGCACUUCAACCACCCACACUCCCAACAAACGCAUUCCAGCCACCCGCACUUCAACCACCCGCAUUUCAACCAUCAUCACUCCAACCACCCGCACUUCGACUACCAUCCCUCCAACAUCCCGCACUUUGACCACCACCUCUUCAACAUCUAUGUUAGUGCCUGCCAUGUUGAUUUUUAACACCACAUUCCCCCUUGUAAAUCUUUAAAAUUAUAUAUAGUAUUGUUUAUUCAAAACACAAUUUUGGACCAGUUAUUUGCAUUAUUUAGAAAUGUGGCACAUUGUUUGGUUAUUUAGGCACUAACAUUUGCUAAUACUCUCAAUGGACAGAAGUCAGCUCAUUAAUACCCUGCAAUGCAGCCUGGGGUUGAGUAGUUUGCACACUAACACAGUAACUUGCAAACCAGGCUGAGCUGCUCACCUAUAAAUUGAAGGUACUGAGUGGUGAAAUUAAUCACCAGCAACUUCUUGGGCCAGGAGCAGAAGCUCCCCAAAUGUCAGCCGACCUAGCUCUGCAGGAUGUGGUCGCUCCAUCCUUGGACAUAUAGCCAUCCUGUUUCUAUGCACAGCUCAGUUGCAAGCUGAGAAACAGGAGGAAUGCUACACUUAACUGCAACAUAGCUAUCAAGCUGUGCAACAGCACAAUGACAGCUUGCACCAGGACUGCCUGUCCACUCAAGCUGAGCUCCCCAGAGCAUCUUGGCCAGAUGUUAUUAUCCAUUCAAUUUACCAAACAAACAUGAGAGAGGUAUGGAACUUCUCAUGAAACUCACGCAUUUCAUAAAACAACUAUUCCUUUCAAGCAUGAGCAAGUACUGUCCAUAUCACAUUUCUAGCAAAAAAAAAACAUUAUUUUCUGUGGGUUCACAAAAAGUUGGGCUUGAGCAUAUCUGUCUUGCUUGUUUGUUCAGGAUGAUUCUGGCGGUUCAAUAACGAGCAGGGCGGCUCUUGGUUCCAGACAGCAGUGUUAUCAUUUGGAAGCAAUCCACCAACAUCACAACACCACAAGCACAACAUCCAACAAUACAACCACCACCAGUGGGGGCGCUCCUGCUCACUCUAUCUUCUUCUUCCAUCUCCUCAUCUUCUCUGUGUAAGAGAUUCUGGAUGCUAAGUGCUUUCUCUCUAAAAUGGAGAGUGUAAAAUUAAGCUACAGGGACCAUAAGGAUAUCUGCAUCUGUUUUAUAAUGAUUUUAAUUUAAUACAAUUAAAAAUAUGUAAGAUCUAAUCUAUAUUUUUUUACGAACUGAAGAUUAUUUUGACAAAUGAGUAUUAAAUGUGAUCCUCAAUUGCCACUCAUUUUAUUAGUUACAAAAUUGAUACAGACACAAGGCAAAAUGAUGAUUUGUUUACACAAAAGCAAUAACUGAAAACAGGAUGGUAUUUAUUGAUUACAUUGCAGAUAGGAUUAAACUAAUUUGAUAGAAUUUCCUACUGUCAUUACCAAAUUGAUUGAAAAAAAACUUAAAGCAGCAUAUUUUAGAGGUCGGAGGAACAGUAACAAUGGUAAGCCUCUCCAUCAUCUACCUCAUGAUAUCAGAGCUACUGUACCAUUAUGUACAUUUCUAUCAGAAUUUAACUUUGUUGUAAAAAUACUUAAGCUGAUGAUUAUUAUUUUUUCAUAAUAACCUGCUUUUAAAUAAAGUAAAAUCCUUUCUGUCUGCUUGUUCCUUCAUGCUAUGAGCAUAUGUGAGUAGUAGGUAAAGGUUAGCGUUGCACGCUCCCGCUUCCUCUUGUGUUGGAAUGACAGCGUUGUUAAGUGAAUGGACUGUUUGUUCAACCUUUGGCGUACGCCAUUUUUGGCUUUUGGAUGCACGUACACUUGUAGUGAGGUUUCUGGACACAGUUAAAUAAAUGAGACCCCUGUUCUGCAUCCCCCACAGGUCUUUACCGCCCCCUACUGCCAUACAGUGUGUUGAUCCGCUGUUGGCUUCCAGUGGAAUUUGAGGACCUUAUAGCCUAUCAGCUUAAAGGCAGAGAUUCCCUUGAUGCAUAGCGGUGACGGGAGUUUUGUUAAAAUUUACUAAAAUUUAUAUAUAUAAUUUAUAUAUACUAUUUGCUUGAAAUGCAAAAGAUACUUUGUAAUAAUAUGUUUGUUUUUUUUUCAUGUUUCUGCUUAGAAUAUAAUGUUUUUUGUCUAUAAUUGUCAUUCCUAUGACAGUUUACUAUUGAAACCAGGAGUGAAGGGACUGUUUUAUUUGAUAGCAUUGUGACUGGACAUGCUGCUGCAGCAUACAACUCCCGUGAUUAGUUGUUCAGUUGGUUGGUUAACAUGUUAUCGUCACAACGUUAGUGCUCAUGUAAUAGGGUUAAACUCUCUGAAACAAAAAUGAUCCAAUUGGGAUUUGAGGCAGAGUUUUUCCUGAUCUGAGAACUUUACCAUACGGUUUUUGAAAUGGCUGUUAAAGAGACUGAUGGUUUUGAUUUUGAAAAUGCAGAAAAGUUCAUUUCGAAACAGUUUGAAAAUGUUGUAUAUAUUUAUUCGUGUUGGCAACCAUUGUAUGACCAGUUAUUGAAUAUUAGUAUUUUGUAUUAUUAUAUAUUUUGUUGAGGGUUUGCCAUUGUCUUUAUGUGAUGAUACAUUGCUGCCUGUGGAUAAACAACUUGUUGAUUAGUGAUGAUUUAAUGAAUGAUGCUAGCAAUAACAUUUAGGUUCAAAAUGUGUUUACAAAAUAUGUGCAUCAGUUGUUUAUAUCUAGUUCAGACAUUGUUUUUUCAAGGCAAAGUUAGCAGUAAUAUUAAUUUGAAUACCAAUUAUCUUGUUUUGUUUAAAAUUCCCAGAGAUAAAUACCAAGUCAUGCUUAUGGCUAGACAAAUGUUUCCUGGGAAGAGUCAUUUUUUUAUGGAUUGUUUCGACAAUGCCACAAGUGUUCCUUACGGUUAUUUAAUGAUUGAUUUUAAAGCUAAGACACCUGAUGAUUUCAGACUCAGAACUGACUUGCUUUCAGACCUGCCUGUUGUGUAUGUGCCUAAGAUAAAGUAAAUAAACAUGUC